GGCGCUCGUAUUGACUUUAGUCACAUGGCUACUAAACUAAAGUUCAAACUAGCUGAUAAAUUUCAGCCUUGCUUUAACUCUCAAUAUCCAAUCUUCCACACUAAGCCAGGUAAAAUUUAUUGUGGAAGAGAUGUUGACGACUCACUGUGUAUAAAUGUACUCGAUGAAAAUUCGUUCACUUUGGUCAACAGAAUUCGGGUAAACUGUUUGACGUUUUUGCCUUGAUUUCAGGAUGAUGAGGUUAUCACAUCUUUCGUUGUCGAUGAAGCCGGAUCGGUAAACACAUGUUUAGUUUCUUAUUUUGUAGGAGAUAUUUAUUGCUACUAAGAACUUGCUUUUAAAACGUCUUGAUAGCCUCUCUCUAAGGCCUACGAAAGUAUGGAUGUCUUGUCACCAAAGAAUCGUGCAGAAAAUGGCGCUUAACAAAACUUCAACACGAUUAGCUACCGGUUCAGGAGAUAUGGUUGUUAGAUUAUGGCAUAUUGGUCCAAAGGAAGGCUUCUCAAAAAGCUGUCGACUGCACCAGGGAAUGAUAACACUAUUGAAAUUCCAUCCGACAUUACCGUACCUUUUCUCAUCGUCAGUGGGUGAUCACUUUGUAGCUGUGUGGGACACUGAGACUGGAAAACAUGUCUCUUCUCUUGAAGGUCAUCAAAGCAUUGUUACAAGUUUGGACUUCAAUGCUGGAAAGAAUGAAUUAGUUACAUGUGGGCGCGAUAAAGUUCUUAUUGUCUGGUCGUUCGUAGACUUCACAAAACAAAAAGUCAUACCUACCUUUGAGAGCUUAGAAGCUUGUACUUUCCUUCCUGUUGGCGCAUUAACAAAUCACUUGGGUCACACGUUUUCUGAAAGCAAUACUUCUUUAUUGUUGACUGGCGGUCAGUGGGGCUGUUUGCGUUGCUGGGAUGUAGAUACUGGGCGUUGUGUGUUAGAGAUCAAGGGUCCCUUAGAUCGGACUCCUCAGUCUGAUUCUGGUAGUUCCACUGCGUUAGAUCGCCACUCAAUUGACUAUGGACUUCAUUCCAUCAGUCACUUGAAUGUAUACAAUAUAAAAGACAGUAAUGAUAAUGUGUUGGAUGAAAGUGAAAACUCAUCCUUACGAUUAAUUCUUGUGCGUCAAAGUAAUCAUGUUGAAUUUUAUAACCCAAUGGUCGGCAAAUUAACGGCUGAGUUCUUAGGUGACAUUGGACAAGUUGAUCAAUUAUGCAUUGUAGGCAGAAAUCACAAUUAUCUUAUUCUAGCUGAUGCGUCACCUCACAUGAAAAUUUUCCUCAAUCCAUAUGGACUCAGUUUAAAGGGAAAAAAUACAACUGAAGAUAAUCUUCAUAGUAAAACAAAUGGUUCAUGGAAAUGUCACCUUAUUCCCGGUGGUCAUACUGAUGUGAUUAUGGAUUUGACUGUAUCCAUAUGUGGUCAAUGGAUUGCAAGUGGUUCUAAAGACCAAUCUAUUUGCUUAUGGCAUCUAAUAGAAUCAGAAGAUUCAACAUCGUCAUCACUACAUAAAUCUAAGAAUGUUCCUGUCAAAUUGGAUCUUAUUACUCAAAUUCAUAAGGCACAUGCUGCUCAUAUCAGUUCUGUUUGCUUUGAUAGAUUGACAACACAUCUUAUAUCUAGUUCAGAAGACGGUAUUUUAAAAGUUUGGAAUGUUCAGUGUAAUAACUUAGAUAAACCGGAUGCUGUGUUAUCAGAAUUAAACACAAUUCAUGGAGCUCACAGCGGAGUAAUCAAUUCAAUUGAUGUUUCCGUUGAUAAUCGUCUUGUUGCUACUGCGUCACGUGAUAAAACUGUCAAGAUAUGGGAAUUUAAAAAACAAAGUUUACAUUGUCAAGGUGUUCUUCAGGGUCACCGUAGAGGUGUUUGGUCUGUUUGCUUUUCAAAAUUUGAGAAAAUUGCACUUACUGCUUCGGGUGAUGGAGAUGUAAGAUUGUGGAAUUUGAAAGAUUUCUCGUGUAUCCGUACAUUGGAAGGCCAUGAUCAACCAGUGUAUAAGGCAGUUUUUCUUUCUCACGAUAAACAAAUAUUAUCAUGCGAUCAGAAAGGAUUAAUAAGAUUGUGGAAUGUAUCCAAACCACCUAAAAAUAAUCAAGAAAAAUCAGAAAAUGUUGAUAAACCAUCCUCUGAAGAAACUUCAUCUUUAGUUUAUGAAGCACACGAUGGAAGAAUAUGGUCGUUAGCUAUUUGCCCAGAUGAAUCUGGUUUUUUCACUGGUGGUGAAGAUGAAACAUUGUGUUAUUUUGAAGAUAUUACAGAAAUAGUGCUGAAUGAAACAUCACAACAGCAAGAGGAAUAUAUUCAAACACAACAAGAAUUGGAUAAUCUUGUACACAAACAAAUGUAUGCCGAUGCUGUUCAUUUGGCUGUCAAAUUAGACCAACCCAAACGAACAUUAGACAUACUACAGGAACUUUUGACUCAAGAUAAUUUCAAACAGACUUGCAAAGAUAAUCAAAGUAUCAAAUAUCCAACACAAGCUGCGAACUUAUUGUCAGUACUUGAUGAUUUUGCAAAUAAAAGUCACAGUGAAAAUCUUAAUGAUUCACUUAAUCUAAGUCAACGACUUUUAUCUUAUGCUAUCAACUGGAAUACAAGGACUAGAACAUCAAUGAUAAGUCAGUUUGUAUUGAAUUGGAUUCUAACCCGUUGGAAACCAGAAGAAUUACUUGAAUGGCCAAAUUUUAGUCAAGCGAUACAAUAUCUCCUUCCGUAUACAACUCGCCAUUAUCAACGUAUAUGUAGAUUGGAAGAACAACUGGCAAUUUUAAACUACAUUUCUGAGGUGACUGAUGAACAUUUAAUUUCUACUAACACUUUUGAUGAACCAAUGGAGUUAGACAAUGAUCAAAAUAAUGUAUCAUUUAAUUCAACUCAAAAUGUCAAUACUUCACUUUCUUAGACAAGGUGAUUAAAUUCUCUUCUUAUUCAUUAUGUAUACUAUGAUAUUAUACAACUUCACCUAUUAACCUUUUUAUACAGUUAUUUUCAGUUUACUAAUAGUAUCAUGCUAUAAAUACAAUGUACAGUUGUUUUGCAUCUGUGAAGGAUUUAUUCGCAACUACCAGACCGAUUUUCUAUGAGGUUGCAGAUUUAUUGACCACAUCUCUACUCUCCAUUAAAUUUUAGAGUAAGGAAAUCAAUUAUAUUUUCCCAGCGGGAUUGUGGAUGUGCAUUGUUGAGAAGCUACAUACUAGUCCAAAACACCUGCCCAGUCCUUUCUGGUUUUCAGCGGUUGUCUUAUUUAGAUCAUUCGUUGACAUGGAUUAUAAGAUAUAUUGUCCUAGUAUAAUCUUACUUUAUAGAUAUAUUGAUGAUUGAAAUCCUAUUACACUCAAUAUAAUUUAAGGUCCGUGUUAGUGUCACUAGUUUGUAAACAAGUGAUGUACCAACUAAUAAGUCUGUAAAUUUUAAGGACUUAUAUUUUGUAAGUGCAAGUAUUCAGCAAAUGAAACGUUCGAAUAUGUCUACCAUCAUCUGUGUACAGCUGUGUUGGUCAACGGUUAGGAUCGUGGAUUAGUGAUUCAGGUAGGUUGUAUAUCGUAUAACGUGACCGAUUUGCGAGGCUUAACCAUUUUUUAAUCGGUGUGAGUAUUCGGAUUUCGAAUCAUGGUAACAUUGGUUAUAACCUAAUGAUAAUUGUCCUCGUUUUGGUUGUGUUAAUGGAUAUUACUUUCUUUACCGAUUCGUUUAGUUCAAAAAUCAUUAUUAUCACUCAUAAAUUGAUUACUGAGUGACAACUCCUAGUCAUUUGUAUGAAGCUAUCGGUCAAAGAGUGUAUUGUGUGCAUUUCAUAGUUCACUGUUUUGGGUUGUGUUGUACACCUAUUCUUUUAAAGGGGUAUUAAAAAAGUAUAAGACAAAUGCUUAACUGUCAAAGGUAUAAUAGAAAUAUACUUAUAUACGUGACUUUUAUCUUUCCAUCCGUUCGAUAUCUACUUACUUUGGAUGACUAAUAUCUGAUUGAUCUUAAUAAAAUAGUCUACACAUACCAACUCAGCUCAUUUAAUAGAAUCAUAAUGUUCUUGGACUAAAGUUUUCUUGUUUGGUCAUCCUUAAUUCUUUCCAGCCCAAUUCAUAGUAAGCUAUGUUUAGACAAGUAAUAUACCUCGGUCACUCACAUGGUGAGACUAUAAUUUAUGGAUAACAUUUAAGCGAUGUUAAAGUGACCUUGAGAAUGUCCAUCUAAGUAGUAGGACCAAAUGAAGGUUAUAAGCUAUUGUGAGGAACUAGAAUUAGGGUUUACUGUUGAUAGUUAGGGUUAAGAAUUAGAUUUUGGCUUUUCAUCAUUAACUGUCAUCAGCUAUAAAUGUCAAAAUAAUAUUUUGUUGAAAUUAUGGAUAAAUUUCGUGCCAAAAUCCAAAACUCAUUAUCUUAUAUCUGAUUGGUUUGUCAAUCAAUUAUAGUGUUGCCAAGGUAUGAUUAAAUACUUGAAAUUUACGCAUAUAUAUAUUCAUAUAACUCUAUCUUCUGAUAUGUUACUCUUAUUGAUAUUGGUUUUAAAAUUUCUUCAUUCAGAUCAACGAUAAAUGAUGUAAACGUUUAAUCAGCACAACACAAAUCACUGUAUAUAAAUAAAAUCUUUAUGAGAGUGUACAAUCUCUUUCUCAUUUUCUCUGUCCUUGAAACAAUUUCCAGAUUGUGUAUAUGUAUAUCCAUUAUUCAGUCAUAUGAUAAAUCUGUAGUAAAAUCUAAUAGAAAAAAUGAAGUAUAUACAUAUUUUAUGAAGUAAUUGUUCAUGUAUUUUUGUUAUUGUAUAUUUUAUUCUUUGGUUUUUCUUUUGUAAGAUGAUAAUCAUGAUAAUGAUGACGAUAGUCUCUAUGCUCGUCGUUAUACUCCAUUUAAAUUAACAAGUAAAUAUUAG